UACAAUGGCUGAUUCUGCAACCCUCAUCAUUCUCUGAAUUCCUUUUCUAUGUCCCUUCCUCUACAAUGGCUCAUUCAAUCUCUCUUCUCCUCAUCAAACGCAUCUUUCUCUUCCACAUAAAACCUAAAAGCCGCCGCCUUUUCCAACCAUUUCUCAGAAAAUCACUCUCUACUUCCACACAGAGCAACAACUCUAACCUUUCCCCUGAUCAAAAUCACAAAGCUUCAUCUCUCUCUUCUCGCCUUAGCUUCGUAUUCGAUCAAAUCGAUGCUAUCGAGAAACGUCACUCUGAGCAAGACGAAACCCUCGAGCGUAUCCGUGCCUGGCGCCAAUCCAAACAAUCAAAUCAGCCAACACCUUCUUCUGCUCAACCUGGAGAACGUGAAUCCACCGUGGCUAAUGAGGAACCGGACUCUCGCGCGGCUGAGUCGACUCAGCUCAGCUCUGGCGAGUUGAGUAAAGAUGUGGUUGAGCUGGUGCAUCCAUGGCCUGAGUGGAUGGAGCUUAUGGAGAGGUUGGUGAAGCAGAAUUACUUUGAUCAUAGGAGGCAACGAGACGAAGAAGACGAGAUGGUGCAGAGUUUGGGGAUCGAUGUAUCGUCAUCUAAUGUGGGAUUAGGUGGUGAAGAAAAUUCUGGAGUUGCAUUGUUUCAGGAUUUCAGAGCUGUUCAAAACGCUUGUAUCAAUUUCGGAAAAGACCGUUUCGAUAUUCUGAGGUCAUUGUCGAGAAAUGACAUUCAAAUCCUUGUCGGCCAUGGAUGUCCAGCGACCGAUAGAAAAGUGGUUUUCUCGGGGAAACUAUUGAGGAAGCGUGUCCAUCUCGAUGAAGGAGAUGUCUGCAGUUCCUGCAGCUUGAGGAACUCGUGCGAAAAGGCGUUUUUGUUGACAAACAAAGAGGAUGAGGCUCGAACCCUUGACCUCAUGCGCAUUUUGUUCACCUAUGGUUUUGACCCAUUGAGCGGAACAGUGGCCAACAAAACUCUCCUGAAGAAAAAGUCUGUGAAGACCGUGGUGCGUAAACUGCUGCAUGAGAUUGUCAAGCUAAGUAGCGUACCAAUAGAUCCUAAUCUUACUCCACCAGUUAUCAAGAAAGCGCCCCCUAAAGCCAAGCAGCCCCCGCCACCUCCUAAAAGACGGGUUGGCCGUGAUGACAUUGAGAUGAAGAAAGGAGAUUGGCUGUGCCCAAAGUGCGAUUUCAUGAACUUUGCAAAGAACACCAUUUGCUUACAGUGUGAUGCAAAGAGGCCAAAGAGACAGCUCCUUCCGGGAGAAUGGGAAUGCCCCGAAUGCAACUUCUUGAACUAUAGGAGAAACAUGGCAUGUUUUCAUUGUGAUUGCAAGCGUCCACCGGAUGCUUUCUUAGAGAACAAAACACAAGAAACACAUCGCUUUACUGAAUCACAAACAGAGAGGGUUGUGAAACGGGAUGAUGUUUUCAAUGCCUGGAACUUUGAUUUUGAUGACGAUGAAUCAGACGGGGCAGAAGUGGCUGCUUUUGAAUAUGCGGAUUCCAGCAGAAAGAAUGGAAACCUUCCGCAGGAUGGUUUGAGAGAUCCUGAAGAAGAAUUUGGUAAUCUUCCUCCAGGAGUCAGAGAAAGUUCUGAGCCUGGCAGGAGCAGAAAACCUGGUGUUGGGUUUGAUGAUUUUGACGACGAAGAUGACAUUGAUAGCUAUGAGAUAGACGAAACUGGAGAUAGAGAGGUCCCAGUAGGAGCUCGAUCUUCUUUUGCUUCUGAAGAGUUCUCAGAGGAUGAACAGUUCCCGGAGUCAAAGGCUGGUUUCAAUGCAUAUAGAAGAGAGGGUUCAAGGCUUCACAACAGUAGAAACAAACAUGGAAAUAAUAGGGGAGGUUUCUCUAGGGAUGAUGAGCUCGGUUUCAGUUCGGAUGAUGAGGUUUCCGUCACUCCUAGGUGGAAAUCAAGCCACGUUGCUGCGACACAGAGAGGUCCACCUUCAAAAAAACUGAGUUUUGGGUCGGAUGAUGAGUUCGGGCUCGCGUCUGAUCUGGAGGACGAUGGUCCCAGGUCCAGUUUAAAGCGUGGCCAAAGAAACAACGGUGCAAGAGGAGGGUUUAAGGGUAAACAAAGCUCCUAUUCAGCAUCAGAAUCUGAUGACGACAUGGAUGAGCAAGAUUACAGAGGGUCGAGUUUCUCUGGUAAUAGAUCGAGAGGGAAUCGAGGAAGAAUGAGAGGUGGACGGGGUGGUUAUAAUGACUAUAAUGCAUCUGAUGGCUACAAGGAAUCAAGUGGCUUCUCGGCUAAUAAAUCAAGAGGGAGGGGAGGAAGAACAGGAAGCAGAAGGAAUGGUUUUGAUAGUGAUGGUGAAGAUUACAGAGGGUCAAGUUCCUCAGCUAGUAGAUCAAGAGGGAACAGAGAAGAUAGUGGUGGAUUUGGGGGAAGAAUGGGAAGCAGAAGAGGCGGUUUUGAUGAUGAGUUUGAUAGAAAGAGCAGCCGAGGACGCGGUUCAGGGAAUUUCAGGGGAUCUAACAGAGGAGGAAGAGGAGGAGUAAGUCGGCAUGGGCAUAGUGAUGGUAAAGACACAGACUUUGGAGAUUUUAGAAACAGUCGAAGAGUUAUAGAGAGAUAGAGAUGCAAUAAACUGGUUUCCAAUUGUUGAACACAUGGUGAUGGUUUUAGAAUCAUAGUCAUGGAAUGAAUGAUUUUUUUUUUGCUUUAGAGAGAUUUACAGGUUGGUACAAGAUGUCAUCAAACGAUUACUAUUA